CAGGGGUGGCAAGGGCUGAAGGACCAAAUAUCCCAGAUGGCAAAGAAGGAGAACGGUCUGAACUGCCCUCGAGGGACUUGCUCCUGAGCUCCCCCUAGCGCAGAUACCCCUAAGGCUGCCUUGUCUGACUUUCCCUCCAUCUGAGAGAAUAGUCACCAGCCAGGUCUCUGGGGAUCUGAAUCUAGUUAGCCAACAGGUACACAACUAAGCCCUAGAGCGCCACUUCCUGGACAAAGGCCUGGGAGGGAUGUGUCGUCGUCGUCGACGUCCCCGUGUAUUCUGUGUGCUAGCAGAAGGACAGAGGAUAACAUCUGGGACCCAAGAGGAGACUAGCUAAUGAGAACUCUUAAAGGUUCUGGGAGACCCAGGGGGGUGGCUCACAAGAUGUGGUGUUCAGUAAAGUCGGCUGCGGUCAGGAAGGAUGGUUCACGGGGGAAACUCGUGGGAGCGAGGCGAGGGUGCCUGAUCGACAGAAGGCUGAUGGCCUAGAUGGCCAGCUCUCAGAGUGGUUCAGCUCUCAGAGACCAGGCUAGUGUAUAGGACUGGCUGGUCCUCCUGAGAAUGGCGCAGAACUGAACAUGCAGAGGAUGUGGAGAAGCCGUCCGCCAGCCCCCUUAAGUCCGCAGGCUUGGCAAACUCUGCCCCCUGGUGGCCACAGGAAACCAUGAUCCAGGCAUUGUGUUUUCCAGAAGGUCCAUCACUCCCCGGGCAGGCUCUUGGGGGACAUCUGUGGGCCUAAAACAGAACUCAGGUGACCCUGGGUCCAGAGCAGAGAUUUCAGGUGGCCUAGGAUCCUAGUCACCAGACAACUCAGAGUGACCACCUGGCACUGUAAUUCUCCGGGGCUCUGCUUCCUCCCCUGGGUGUUGGAGCGAAUACUGAGUAAUAGCUAAGGGUGUCCAGUUACUACUUUCUCCUGGUACCUUCAGCCCUCAAGUACAGAGCAGGAGGGUCCUAGAAGACAGGACCACAGCUGUGUGAGUUUACCCACUGUGGCCUUACACAAUCUGAGCUCAGUUGAGCCUCGUUCGCCCAUCUGGAAAAGUGAGCCAAGGACCUCGUGGAAUUGUGGAGGAGGAAAUACUGCUGCUGGUCUGACUCCAGCUGUCUAAGCUCCAGGGUAGCUUUGAGAAACUGAAGUGGAAGGAUGAAUACCCCAAAAACAUAACUAACCCCUUUUUCAAUUUGCAGCUGCCGCAAAAAGUGGGUGGCGAAACAGGCCCACGAAGGCUGAUGGGAGCUCCUGGUGUUGACAGAAAUGGAGCUGGGACUUGGAGACCCUACUGCAUUGCCCCACUGCCUCCGGCCUAGGUGGCAGUCAGCCUGGUGGCCAACCCUAGCUGCUCUUGCCCUGCUGAGCAGCGUCACAGAAGCCUCCCUGGACCCCAUGUCCGGCAGUCCCGCCAUUCGCGAUGGUCCCUCGCCGGUCCUGGCGCCCCCAACCGGCUACCUGCCUGGGGGACACACUGCGCAUUUGUGCAGCGAAAGAGCCCUGCCACCACCGCCACAGUCUCCCCAGCCUGCACCCCCGCCGCCAGGUCCCGCGCUCCAGUCUCCUCCCGGGGCGCUCCGCGGGGUACGCGCAGCGCGUGUAGGGACCCGUAGCAGUCGCGCCCGGGCCACGGAUACGCGCGGCUGUCGCCUGCGCUCGCAACUGGUGCCGGUGAGCGCCCUGGGCCUGGGCCACAGCUCGGACGAGCUGGUACGUUUCCGCUUUUGCAGCGGCUCGUGCCGCCGAGCACGUUCCCCGCACGACCUCAGCCUGGCUAACCUACUGGGCGCCGGGGCCCUGCGGUCGCCCCCCGGGUCCCGGCCGAUCAGCCAGCCGUGCUGCCGGCCCACUCGCUAUGAAGCCGUCUCCUUCAUGGACGUGAACAGCACCUGGAGGACCGUGGACCACCUCUCUGCCACUGCCUGCGGCUGUCUGGGCUGAGGAUGCUCUCUAAGCCUUUGCACACUGGACCUUUACCCAUGUGUCGCCCUGCCUGGAACAAUCCCACCUGGCCUCACUAGCCAGGAACCUCAGCCUGAAAUCGGGGCUGCAGAGCUCAGGCUCCAGGCCGGUGAGUGACAGACAUGGAGCAGGAGAGAUGACCUCACCACUGACCAAGCUCCAAGGCGCUCAUGGAUCCCAGCUCUACAGACACCAGAAACCUCAGCUAAGGAUAAUCCUCUGGGAGAAUCCAGAAAUGGCCCCAGGCCCUGGGGAAUGAAUUUUGAGGAGAUAGCAUUGUAGUCACGUUGCUGGAAGAGCCUGUGCCGAAGCCAGCUUUGUGAUCACUUGUGGAAGCAGAAGCCCUAUUUAUUAUUUCUAAAUUAUUUAUAUUUACCUUCCUGGUUUGUCAAAUCUUUUCCUGGACAUGGGGGAUGGGUGGAAGAGGCUGGAUGAAGAUGUGCCCCCCACCUCUCCACUUCCAUAUUUCACACUGACUCGGCAGUCACAGUGUUGACUUGGAUCACCUACUGCUUGUCCCUCGGGUGGCUCUGAGAUGGGAGGCACAGAUGGGUAACCAAGAUGCACAGUACUCGGCACUUGGGGCCUGGGUUACCUGUGGAAAAAUAAACUAUAUAGCGUUCUGUGGAGAAAGGCUGUCCUGUGACCGCUGGCACCUUUGAGGCCCCUGCUUAGUGGGUAAAGAUACAGAAAACCAUACUUUGUCCCACCAUCGAUGUUGGUGUCUUGCCAUGCAAGGACCUGUCUUGAAGGCUCCCUGACGGGUGUACAUGCUGCUUUCACUCACAGGUAGUCAACCCCUGAAGUAGCCCAGGGCAAGAGAACAUCUGAAGGGCUAAAGACGGGAGAGGGACUCCAGGGUGCUUGCUCAUGGGAAGGAAGCACAGAGCGACGUGAGGAUCGGAAGACGGGAAAGUGCUGAGAGUCUCAGCAGACGGUGGAUUGUAGGUGAUGAACAAGCCUAUUCAUUUACUUGCCCAAUAAACAUGGACAAUGAAAUGUCAGCUGCUAUGUAGACACUGAAGAUGGAGAGGUUUGGCUGCAGGUGUAGCUCAGUUGAUAGGGUGCUUGCCCAGAGUGCUUGAAGCUCUUGGUUUGGUUUCCAGCACCACAUAAACAGGGUGUAGUGGCACAUGCCUAUCUUACCAGCACGCAGGAGGCAGAAGCAGAAGGAUCAAAUAAAUAUUCAAGGGCAUCCUCAGCUACAUACUGUGUUCCAGGCUAGCCUGGGCUACAUGACAGUCUGCCUCACAAGGGAAAACAAAGUGGGGAACAUCAUAAUCUCUGUCCUUAAGCUCUGCCCAGGAAAGACAGGCAAUAAACGAGCAGUGACCUACCUAGUCACUUAAGUUCAGUGUGGCUAAUGGUAAUGGAAACAACUGGAGCUACGAGGGACACAUUUUCUCCCAGUUAGAAAGUUCAGGGUUGUCCCUGGCCUUUCACACCGUCCUCAGGCCAUCUCCAAAAGGCCAAUACAAUCAUCUGAGCUUUUCUGUGUGACUUUGAAACAGUGUUUUAAAUCAGGUGUGACAGUGCAUUCUUCUAAUCCAGCACUUGAGGUAUGGAGGCAGGAAGAUAAACUGAAGUUCAUUCUCAUCUACACCGCAAGUUCCAGUCCAUCUCGGGCUACAUGAGAACUUGUCUGAGAGAAAGGAGGGAGGAAGGAAAACUUUCCUGGUCCUGGGCAUUUAUAUUGAAGAGGCCAGUGUGGUCUUUCUUCCUUAAAACAAGACAGGGCACUUUUUAUUUAUGUGUGGAUGAGCAUGCGUGUUUGUUUGGAGGCCAGAGGUCCUCAACCUGCAUCUUCCUUCCUCAGAUGCUUUCUGGCUUAACUUUUGAGACAUAGUCUCUCUUUGGAUCCUAAGGUGGCCAAUUUGGCUAACCAGAAAACCCAGGGAUCCUCCUGUUCCUACCUCCCCAGCUCUGGAAUUACAAGCAUAUAAUUUUUUUAAUGUAAUUGCAUUUCGUUUAUCUUAUUUGUGUGUAUGCGUGGGUAAAUGUGAACACAUUUAGAGGUCAGGGAACAGCUUAUGGGAGUCAGCUCCCUCCUUUACUAUGGGGUCACGGAUCAAACCAAGAUCAUUAGGCUUGGUGGCAGGUCCUCACUCCUUGUGUUUGUGCCAAAGCACUUUAGCGACUGACCAGCUCCCAGGCCUCCAUUUGGAAAAGGUGCUAUGUCUAAGGGGUUAUGUUAUAACACAGGGGUUUCUGGGAAGCAGAGACACUCGUCUGGAGCAGAGCAGGAUGGCCUGAGUGGGAGAGGUGUGAGAGCCUCUAGCAAACAGAGCCCAUCCGAGAAAAUUCUGCCACCAAGAAACCAUGCUUGAUUCUGUUCUUUGGUGUUUAGAAUUCCUUUUUCAGCUUUUGUUAGGUUUUAUGUGGGAAUGCUUGCCAAACGUUUGGGCCCCACAUGUGUCCCCUAAGGGACACCUCAAACCUUCCCUUAGGUUUAUUCCAUCAGGAAUGCAUGGUCCCACCCACCCCCACCCACCCCACCCCCACACAGUUAUCUGCUCUGGCAGAUAGCCCUUGUCAGUGACUCUCAGCCAAGGAGCCCUAACUUAUCCCUAGCCAUAGAUCUCUGCGCUGUAGUGUCUGGGGACUGACUGGGGUCUCAUCCUGAAAAGGAGGGGUUGGGGCCAGGUGGUGGCGGUGCACACCUUUAAUCCCAGCACUCGGGAGGCAGACAGGUGGAUCUCUGUGAGUUACCAGCCUCGUCUACAAAACGAGUGCCAGGACAGGCUCCAAAGCUACACAGAGAAACCCUGUCUCGAAAAGCCAAAAAAUUUUUAAAAAAAGAAAGAAAAAGAAAAGGAGGAGUUGGAAAGAAAGUUGAGAAAAAGAUUUAAGAGACUGUGUCCCAUGAUUGUACCUUUGUCCUUCUCAAAAGGGUCCCCCCCCUACCUUGGAAACAGAGCCUUCUAAGAAGACCCUGUUAAAGCUAUGGGCUGUCUUCCCCCAUUCUGCUGUGUAAAUCCAGGCAAUAUGCUUGAGAGGCCAGGGGACACCUUCUGAAGCUCAUUUAGAGGUCCCAUGGCGUCCUUGGCCCCAUGUGAUGCUCUAUUCUAGGUACCUCCUGUAGCUGGAUUGAUCCCUCUGAAUGUACUGAGGCUCCAGUGUCAGGGCUUUGUCAAUUAUUUACAAUACACACCACACUUCAACCUUCCUCUGUUUCACCUCUCCUCUGUCCUUAUACUGACUUGAACAGAAUCGCAUUAUAAACAGAACUGAUGUUGGAACUAUGGGGUAUAGGGGUAGGAUAUCUGCCCUGACUUCUUCUCUAAAAGAACUUUCCUGAGAUCUCAGGGACCUCAAUGGCCACUUUCUAGAAAUUUUACCUUGACUGGAUCCCUCGCCCUCCCUCCUGUUUCCUUCCACUACCCCAGUUGUGGCCCUGGGGCUCUGAAGCUGAACCCCCCACCCAGCAUUGUCUUCACUUAGGGAUGCAGUUCCCUAAGCCUAUAUCAUCUAACGGUUACCCGUGUGCCUAUAUCAUCUAAUGGUUACCCGUGUACCUAUUGCCUAAUGAUUAUCCGUGUGCCUUCAAGCGUCACAUAUCUUCCUGAUGUCUUCAGCUCUGCUCUUCCUCCCUGUCCACCCUCUGAUACUUCACACUGCUAGUCUCCCCCCCUUCCAGCUUCUCAACUACUACAGGAUUCUCUCCGCAGCAACCUCUACCUGAUGGCACAAGACAGAAACUUGGGCAACAUUCUUGACUCCUUGAGCCUGUUCGCUGGUCCCAAAACAAUAAUUGCUGCUUCUGUUGACUGUUCGCUAAAACUCUAUUGCUGAAGACACCAUGCCCUCUGGCUUGUAGGACACAGAGGAAUAAAGCUUCCUGCCUGGCUGCUGGAAGAGAAUCAACAGUCUUCCUUAGUUGUGAGCCUUGCAUGCUGUCAGGCAAGAUGUACCCAUUGAUGAAAUAGUGGCAAGCCUGGUAUGGGGGUAACCACUUGCUUCCUGAUUGAACUUGAGGUCCACUGCACGAUGGGGGAAUUCAUACCUGGUAUUGUAAACCUACUCAAAAGUUCAUGGCUGGAAAGUCAUAGGCCAUAAUGGGGAAGCCACAUCUGUCUGUUGUUUUGAUAAAUUGACAUGAUGUACCCAGUAAGUUGCCUUCUAAAUAACUAUGUUUAUGCCCAGGGAUCAGUACUGCUGACGGUUUUCAUCAGUUUCUCUUUGUAGUGGACAGCAGUAACUGCAGAGACUUAUAGUGGGUCAGUGAUGAGCAUAAUGACUGUUGAAUGCUCAGUCAUAAGUGGGACAUCUGUAUCACACCCUCAAGGCUCGGGGAAAUAGCAGAAGAAGGAGAACAAAAUGUAAGUGAGCAGCUAUGAUUAUCUGCACAAGACUGGGUCCAUCAAUAUCCUGUCAUGAGGCUCCAUCUCCCUGUGAGGAUUUAUAGACAGCUAAUGGUUCAUGGGGUAGGGGAAAGACAUUUUCUUCAGUGGCAAGAUGUCCAUGCUCCUGUAACUGACCUUAGUGGAAUACAUUGGGACACACAUGGACACACACACAUAUGAAAACAACAACACAGCAUGAAAACAGAAAUGGAAUUAGUUGAGAAAAGAAAGGAUAUAAGUCAGAAGGGGACAAGAAAGAUGAAUAUGAUUAAAAUACAUUAUCUAUUACAUUAUGAAUAUAUGUCAAUGUUACUAUGAAACCCAUUAUAUAUAGCUAAUAUAUGCGAAUAAAACAUUUUAUUUUCA